CGGGCUCAUUCAUUUUAUACGAACACGGACUCAAAUUUUGGUAUCAUGUUUACAUGUAUUUGUUGUGGGGAAGAUUCCCCAAAUAUUUAUACCGAGUAUUCAAAGGAAAUAAUAAACUUUGAACUUUGCAAGCGCUGUGGUAAAAUUGUUGACAAAUAUGUUGAGUAUGAUUUCACUGUCGUCGCAAUUGACCUGCUUGUUUGUAAAAUUGAAGCUUAUCGACACAUUCUUCGAAACGUCGAGUAUCCCCGUAUACUCCACCUUUUUAUUCUCAGUUGUAUUCUCAAUGGAUUUCUUGCUUGGAUAGUCACAGAGGAUUCUGCAGAAUUUUGCUUUGAUGUUGUUCAAGCGGCGGUGAAUUCUGAACUAUACUUUUACAUCGUCUUAAAAACAUUCUUGAGUUUUGUUUUUGGUAGUAUUUUGUUUGUACUAGGACGUUCGCUCAUGUAUUAUAUUUCUAUGUUAGACAUUGUCAAGCUUCUUAUUGUAACAAAUCUGUAUUCUCUUCUGGGUCUCUUUAUGCACCCAUGGAAAUAUUUCGUUUCAUCCAUUUUACCUCAGCACUCAACCUUAUUUGCACCAAUUCUCAGUCUUAUGUGCUUGAUGCCAACAUCGAUUCUGUCAUUCAAAGCACUCACCAAUGCCCCUUCUUUGCUUGCUACCUCGUUAUGUAUGUUGUCUUGUGGCUUGGUGUUUGCAAUUGACUCAGCAAUGAUUAAAUUACGAUAUAGUAGCUAA